AAUUGUUAGUCUUGGCUCGCUGCUUCCAGAUUCGAGACCUCGAUUCCGAGAACGUCUCUUCAGUGAGUUUCGUGCGCUCCGUUUCUUCUCACCUGAUCUGCGAUGGCUCAGAGCUGGCUGCUGGUCUGCACCUGCCUCCUCGUCGGGCUCCUCUCCUGCAGCGCGGCGGAGGAGAAGCCAAGAAACCUCUUCCCUGAGGAUCAGCAGCAGCCGCGCAUCAUCAACGGGACCGUGGCCAGGGUGGACGAGACGCGCCACCUGGCCUCCAUCCGCCUUUUGCGGCACGACAACAACUUCGGCAGUGGCCACAUCUGUGGCGGAGCGCUGAUCGCGCCCACCAAGGUCUUGACCGCCGCCCACUGCCUGUACAACAACCAGAGGAAGCGCUUUCGCCGGGCCAGCGAGUUCGUCGUGGUCCUGGGAACGCUAAAUCGCUUCGAGCGGCGCAACGGGACCAUCGUGUCAAAGGUGAGCUCCAUAGCCUACAUGCACACCUUCAGCCCGGACAGCAUGCGCGACGACGUGGGCAUCCUCUUCCUGCACACAGGGCUGCCGCUGCCCCCGGCCGGUAUCCACCUCACCGUGGCCCCCAUCCAGCUCGCGGGACAGGUGACACCGCCCGGCAGGCUGUGUCAAGUGGCCGGAUGGGGACGCACGGAGCAGAGCUCCCUGUCCAACAUCCUGCUGACGGCCAACGUGAGCACGAUCCGGCACCAGACCUGCCGUAUGAUCUACAGGUCCGGCCUGCUGCCCGGGAUGAUGUGCGCCGGACGGUUACAGGGCGGCACCGAUUCCUGCCAGGGCGACUCCGGCGGUCCGCUGAUCCACGAGGGACGGCUGGUGGGCGUGGUCUCCUGGGGCUACGGAUGUGCGGAGCCUGGCUUACCGGGAGUCUACGUGGACGUGGAGUACUACCGGCAGUGGAUAGAGGAACGCAGUGGGGCACUGCCGCUCGCCAGGAUUAAGGCCCUGCUGCUCCUGCUCCCUCUAGCGCUGCGCUACGUUUUAGUUCUAUAGAAAUUUAACUACUAACUAUUUAUGGGUAUUCCUGCUUUGGGAGCACCAAGGCACUUCGUUGGACGUUAUAAUACA